CAUUACAAGUUAUUCUAAUUUUAUUCCACAUGUUCAACAAAUUAAAUAGAUCCUCAUACAUAUGGUCAAAAGAUUUCUGACCCGGGUGCCAAAACCAUUCAAUGGAAAAAGGAUUGUCUUUUUAACAAAUGGUGUUGGGAGAACUGAAUAUCCACAUGGAAAAGAAUGAAUUUGGACCACAUACCACAUGCAAACAUGAACUCAAAAUGGAUCAAAGACCUAAAUGUGAGAGCUAAAACUAUAAAUUCUUAGAAGAAGACAUAGGGAAAAAGUUUCCUAACAGUGGAUUUGGUGAUUAUCUUUUUUUUUUUUUUUUUUUUUUUUUUGAGACAGAGUCUCGUUCUGUCACCCAGACUAGAGUGCAGUGGCCUGAUCUCGGCUCACUACAAUCUCUGCCUCCUCAGUUCAAGUGCUUCUUCUGCCUCAGCCUCCUGAGUAACUGGGAUUACUGGUGCCUGCCACCAUGCCUGGCUAAAUUUUUAUAUUUUUAGUAGAGAUGUGGUUUCACCAUGUUGGUCAGGCUGGUCUCAAACUCUUGACCUCAUGAUCCACCUACCCCAGCCUCCCAAAGUGCUGGGAUUAUAGGCAUGAGCCACUGCACCCGGCUGGUGAUGUUCUUUUGGAUAUGACACCAACAGCACAGGAAACAAAAGAAAAACUAGAUAAAUUGGAAUUCAUCAAAAUUAGACUUUUGGCUGGGCUCAGUGGCCUAUGUCUACAGUUGCAGCUACUUGGGAGGCUGAGGUGGGAGGAUCAUGGGAUCUCAGGAGUUUGAGGCUGCACUGUGCAAUCACUGCAUCUGUGAAUAGCCACUGUACUCCAGUCUGGGCAACAUAGCAAGAUCCUGUCUCUAAAUACAUUAAUUGGCCAGGCGUGGUGGCUCACGCCUGUAAUCCCAGCACUUUGGGAGGCCAAGGCAGGUGGAUCACAAGGUUAGGAGUUUGAGACCAGCCUGACCCACAUAGUGAAACCCUGUCUCUACUAAAAAAAUACAAAAAAUUAGCGGGGUGUGGUUGCGAGCACCUGUAGUCCCAGCUACUCGGGAGGCUGAGGCAAGAGAAUUGCUUGAACCUGGGAGGCGGGGGUUGCAGUGAGCCGAGAUUGCACCACGGCACUCCAGCCUGGGUGACAGUGUGAGACUCUGUCUCAAAAAAAAAAAGAUGGUCAAUAUCACUAAUAACUAGAUAAAUUCAAAUCAAAACCACAGUGAGACACCACUUCAUCUACACAAGGAUGGGUAUUAUUUUUAAAAAACAGAACAUAAGUCCUGGCAAGGCUACAUAGAAAUUGGAGGCUUUGUGUAUUGCUGGUGGGAAUGUAAAAUGGAACAGCCACUGUGGAAAACAAUAUGGCAGUUCCUCAAAGAAUUAAAGAAUAGGAUACGAUCCAACAAUUCUACACCGGGGUGUGUACCCCAGAGAGUUGAAAUCAGGGGCUGAAGUAGAUAUUUGCAUACCAACGCACAUUAUUCACAACAGCCGAAAAGUGAAAGUAACCCGAAUGUCCACUGAUAGAUGAAUGAACAAAAUAUGGAGGAAUAUCAUUUAGCCUUACAAAAGGAAUGAGGUUAUUUUGUUGUUGUUUGUUUUUGAGAUGGAGUCUCGCUCUGGCCACUGUGCCUGGCUAAAUUCAGCCAGGCUGAAAUGCAAUGGCUUGAUCUUGGCUCACUGCAACCUCUGCCUCCCAGGUUUAAGUGAUUCUUGUGCCCCAGCCUCCCAAGUAGCUGGGAUUACAGGCACAUGCCACCACACUUGGCUAAUUUCUGUAUUUUUGGUUGAGACGGGGUGGUCUCUUCCUUGUUAGCAAGGCUGGUCUCGAACUUCUGACCUCAGGUGAUCCAGCCACUUUGGCCUACCAAACUGCUGGGAGUACAGGCGUGAGCUGCUGCACCCAGCUGGAGUAUGUUUCUGACACGUGCCACAUCAUGGAACAACCUGGAAGACGUUAUGUUAAGUAAAAUAAGGCAGGCAAAAAGGGGCAAAUAUUGUAUGAUUCCACUUAUAUGAGCCACCUAGAGUAGUCAAAUUCAGAGACGAAAAGUAGAAUGGUGGUUACCAGGGGCUGGGGGAGGGGAGAAUGGAGAGUUAAUGUGUAAUGGUAUAUGGUUUCAUUUUUUUUUUUUUUUUUUUUUUGAGACACAGUCUUGCUCUGUUUCCCAGGCUGGAGUGCAGUGAUGCGAUCUCAGCUCACUGCAACCUCUGCGCUCAGGGGUUCAAGCGCUUCUCCUGCUUCAACCUCCUGAGUAGCUGGGAUUACAGGUGUCUGCCACAACACCCAGCUAAUUUUUGUAUUUUUAGUAGAGAUGGGGUUUCACCAUGUUGGCCAGGCUGGUCUCGAACUCCUGACCUCAGUUGAUCUGUCUGCCUUGGACUCCCAAAGUGCUGGGUUUACAGGCAUGAGCCACCACGCCCAGCCCAUUUCAAUAUGAGAUGAUGAAAAAGUUCUGGAGAUAGAUAGUGGUGAUGGUUGCACAAAAAGAAAGAGAAGAAAAGAAAAAAACAGAUGGAAGAAUCAAAACGAAAACAAAGGAAGAGUGCACCUGUGGGCAGGGCUUCCAGGGUCAGUUUCAAGCAGUCUCACAUACGAGUCAUCAGAAUUGCUGAAGCAAAGAAGAGAAACGAAGGAUAGAAAAAAUAUUUGAAGAAAUAGCCUGAAACUUUCCAAGCUUAAUGAAAACUAUAAACGCACAUAUCCAAUAAUCUCAACAAAUUUUAACCACAAGAAAUUAAGAAAACCACACCAAGUCAUCUCAUGAUCAAAUGGCUUAAAACCAAUUAACAGAGAAAACCUUAGAAGCAACCAGAGAGAAAAGACUUACAUACGACGCUGGGCACGGUGGCUCAAGCCUGUAAUCCCAGCACUUUGGGAGGCCGAGGCAGGUGGAUCAUGAGGUCAAGAGAUCGAGACCAUCCUGGUCAACAUGGUGAAACCCCGUCUCUACUAAAAAUACAAAAAAUUAGCUGGGCAUGGUGGCGCGUGCCUGUAAUCCCAGCUACUCAGGAGGCCGAGGCAGGAGAAUUGCCUGAACCCAGGAGGCGGAGGUUGUGGUGAGCUGAGAUCGCGCCAUUGCACUCCAGCCUGGGUAACGAGAGCGAAACUCUGUCUCAAAAAAAAAAAAAAAAAAAAGACUUACAUAUGAAGGGCACAAAGAUAAGGACAAUACUAAAUUUGCUGUUGGAAACAAUGGAAGAAGACAGUGGAGUAACAUCUUUAAGGUACUAGAAAAGAAAACUACCGACCUAUAAUUUUUUUUUUUUUUUUUUGAGAUGGAGUUUCAUUCACUCUUGUUGCCCAGGCUGGAGUGUAAUGGUGUAAUCUCGGCUCACCAAAACCUCUGCCUCCCGGCUUUAAGUGAUUCUUCUGCCUCAACCUCCCAAGUAGCUGGGAUUACAGGCAUGUGCCACCACAUCUGGCUAAUUUUUGUAUUUUUAGUAGAGAUGGGUUUCUCCAUAUUGGUCAGGCUGGUCUCGAACUCCCAACCUCAGGUGAUCUGCCCGCCUUGGCCUCCCAAAGUGCUGGGAUUACAGGCGUGAGCCACUGUGCCUGGCCUGACCUAGAAGUCUUUAUCCAGCAAAAGUACAAUGGAGUAACAUCUUUAAAGUACCAGAAAACUAUCAACCCAGAAUUUUCUAUCCAGCAAAAAUACAUUUUAAUAAUGAAGGCAAAAUUUUAGAUGUACAGAAGCUGACAGCAUUCAUCAUCAUUAGAUCCCCACUACAAGAAAUGUUAAGGGACAUCUUUCAGGCAGAUGGAAAAUGGUACCCGGUGGAAAUCUGGAUAUACAGAGGGUUAAAGACCACUGAAAAUGGUAACUACCUGGGUACAUAUGUAACAUUUUUUUUCUUAUUAUUUAUAUUCUUUAAAGACAACUGUUCAAAAAGAGCAACUGGACAGGCACAGUGGCUCACAUAUGUACUCCCAACACUAUGGGAGGCCACGGUGGGCAGAUCACUUGAGCUUGAGUUUGAGACCAGCUUGACCAACAUGGAGAAACCCCGUCUCUACAGAAAAUACAAAAAUUAGCCGGGUGUGGUGGUGGGUGCCUGUAGUCCCAGCUACUCGGGAGGCUGAGGCAGGAGAAUCACUUGAACCCGGGAGGCGGAGGUUGCAGUGAGCCGAGUUCGUGGCAUUUCACUCCAGCCUGGGCGACAGACUCCUCUCAAAAAAAAAAAAAAAAAUUCCACAAUAUUUGGAAACUAAGUAACACACUUCUAAACAAGACAUGACUCAAAAAAGAAAUCAAAUGAAAAUUAGAAAGUAUUUUGAAUGGAGUGACAAUGAAAACAGAACCAUGUCGGAAUUUCUGGGAUGCCAUUACAGCAAGACUCUAAAAGUUUAUAGCACUAAACACUUAGAUUAGAAAAGAAAGCCCUCAAGUAAAUGACCUCAGCUUCUACCUUAAAACACUAGAAAAGAGCAAAUUAAAGACAGGGAUGGGAUGGGUGCAGUGGCUCAUGCCUGUAAUCCCAGCACUUUGGGAGGCAGAGGCAGGAUCACCUGAGGUCAGGAGUUUGAGACCUGCCUGACCAACAUGGUCUCUACUAAAAAUACAAAAACUAGCUGGGUCUGGUGGCUGGCACCUGUAAUUUUAGCUACUCGGGAGGCUGAGGCAGGAGAAUUGCUUGAACCCAGGAGGUGGAGGUUGCAAUGAGCUAAGAUCACACCACUCCACUCCAGCCUGGGCAAUAGAGCAAUAAUCCAUUUCAAAAACAAACAAACACCCAAAAAAUAAAGACAGGGAUGUCCACUCUCACCAUUCAGUAUCAUGCUGGAUAUUGUAGCUGUUGCAAUCAGGCAAGCAACAGAAAUAAAAGGCAUCCAGAUUGGAAAGAAAGAAGUAAAACUAUCUUUAUUCACAGACAACAUGAUCCUCUGUGGAGAAAAUCCGAUGAGAUCUAAAGAAGCUACUAGAAGUAAUACAUUAGCAAGGCUUUAGAGCAUAAGAUCAAUAUUUUAAAAAGCAACUGUUAUUUCUGUACAACACUAGCAAUAAAAAAAAAAUAAAUGAAAACCUGCCAUUUACAGGCUGGGCACGGUGACUCACGCCUGUCAUCCCAGCACUUUUGGAAGUUGAAGCAGGCAGAUCAUUUGAGCUCAGGAGGUUCAGACCAGCCUGGUUAACAUGAUGAAAUCUCAUAUCUACUAAAAAAUACAAAAGUUAGCCGGAGGUAGUGGCAUGCAUCUGUGGUCCCAGCUACUCGGGAGGCUGAGGCACAAGAACUGCUUAAACCUAGGAGGCAGAGUGAGCUGAGGUCCUGCCACUACACUCCAGCCUGGGCAACAGAGCAAGACUCCAUCUCUAAAUAAAUAAAAAUUUAAAAACAUACCAUUUACAAUAGCAUCAAAAAUAUAAAACUGACAAAAGAAGUGCAAGAUCUAGACACUGAAAAUAUAAAACUUUGCUGAGAGAACUUGAAGAUGACCUAAACUGAGAGGCAUAAUUUGUUCAUUGGUUGGAAGAUUUAAUAUUGUUAAGAUAUCAACGCCACUGCUGGGCACAGUGGCUCAUGCCUGGAAUCCCAGCAAUUUGGGAGGCCAAGGCAGGGGGAUUGCUUGAGCCCAGAAGUUUGAGACUAGCCUAGGCAACAUAGGGAGACCUGUCUCCUUAUAAAAUAACCAGGGGAGCACUGCAGUGCAUGCCUAUAGUUCUACCUGCCUGGGAGGCUGAGGUGGGAGGACUGCUUGAGCCCAGAAGGUCAAGGCAGCAGUGAGCUGUGAUCAUGCCACAGCCACUGAACUGUAGCCUGAGUGACAGAGUGAGAUUCUGUCUCAAAUAAAUAAAUAAAUAAAAUAGAAUAAAUCAAGAUAAAUAGUGACGCUUGAGCCAGGUGCAUUGGUUUGAGCCUGUAAUCCCAGCUACUUGGGAGGCUGAGGCAAAAGGAUUGCUUGAGUCCAGGGAUUUGAGACUAGCCUGGGCAACGUGGUGGGACACUGUGUCUGCAAAAAAAGAAAAAAAAAAUUCAUCAGUUGUGGUGGAGCAUGUCUGUGUUUCCAACUAUUUGGGAGGCUGAGGUGGGAGGAUCACUUGAGCCCAGGAGACCGUGACUGCAGUGAGCUAUGAUCAUGCCACUGCACUCCAGCCUGUGCAACAGAACGAGGCUCUGUCACAACAAAAAAGAAAAAAGAAAACACAGGAGAAAUUCACUGUGACCUUGAGUUAAGCAAACAUGUCUAACACCAAAAAGCAAAGUCCAUAAAAGAAGCUGGCCAUGGUGAUAUGUGUCUGUAAUCCCAGCUACUCAGGAGGCUGAGGCCAGAGGAUCACUUGAGCCCAGGAGUUUGAGACUAGCCUGGGCAACAUAGUGAAACUCGUUUCAAAAAUCAAACAAACCAAAAAUUCAAAAAGAACAAAUUAAAUUGUUUAAUUAAACAAAUUGUUUAAUUGAAUUAUUUGUUUAUAAAUUGGACUUCAUCAAAAUAAAAAAACCUUUGCUCUUCAAAACACGCAGUUUUCAAUGAAAACACAAGCCAUUCACAGAUUAAGAGAAAAUCUUUUCGAAGCAUUUACCUGAUAAAAGAUUUGUAGGCAGAAUACAUAAAUAACUCUCAAAACUUGACAAUAACCCAAAACCCAAUACAAAUGAACAAAAAUUUGAACAUAUACUUCACCAAAGAAGAUAUAUUUAUCACAACAAUAACAAGCACAUGAAGAGAUGAGCAUUACGUCAUUAGGGAAAUAUAAAUUAAAAUCAUGAAAUGUUAUACACCUGUAAGAAUGACUAAAAUUAAGAAUAUUAACCAUACCAAGUGUUAUUAGGAUGUAAAGGAACUGGAGCUGUUGUAUACUGCUGAUGGUAAUAUAAAAUGAUACACCACCUUAGAAAAGAGCAUGGCAGUUUAGGUUAAACAUACACCUGACUUCCUCUCAACUUGGCGUUUGGUGGGUGGGGACCCACACAGGUUCAACAUGCGUGUCGUUGGCGUUUGGUGGGUGGGGACCCACACAGGUUCAACAUGCGUGUCGUUGGCGUUUGGUGGGUGGGGACCCGCACAGGUUCAACAUGCGUGUCGUUGGCGUUUGGUGGGUGGGGACCCACACAGGUUCAACAUGCGUGUCGUUGGCGUUUGGUGGGUGGGGACCCACACAGGUUCAACAUGCGUGUCGGGAAGUGUUGUUUCUGCUCGGGGCCCAUCUACCCUGGCCACGGCAGGAUAUUCGUCUGCAAUGAUCGCAAGGUGUUCAGAUUUUCUAAAUCUAAAAGCCAUAAAAACUUUAAAAAGAAGCACAAUUCUCACAAAGGUAGGUGGACCAAAGCAUUCCGGAAAGCAGCUGGUAAAGAGCUUACAGUGGGUAAUUCAUUUGAAUUUGUAAAACAUAGAAAUGAACCUGUCAAAUACCAGCGAGAGCUAUGGAAUAAAACUAUUGAUGCAAAGAAGAGAGUUGAAGAGAUCAAACAGAAACACCGAGCUAAAUUUAUAAUGAACAGAUUAAAGAAAAAUAAAGAGCUGGGCACAGUGGCACAUGCCUGUAAUCUCAGCUACUUGGGAGGCUGAGGCAGGAGAAUCGCCUGAACCCAGCAGGCGGAGAUAGAGGUGAGCCAAGAUCGUGCCAUUGCAUUUCAGCCUGGGUAACAAGAACAAAACUCCAUCUCAAACAAACAAACAAACACACACACACACAAAAAAAAAAAAAAAAAAAAAAAAAAAGAAAGAAAAAGAAAGAGCUCCAGAAAGUUCAGGGUAUCAGAGAAGUCGAGCAAAACAUCCAUCUUAUCUGAGCCACUCUUGCAGGCAAAGGGAAGCAGCUGGAAGAGAAACUGGUACAGCAGUUACAACAGGAUGUAGACACGGAAGAUGCUUCUUAAAAAUCCCUGUGACCAUUUAUAUACAUUUGAAAAUGUCCUUUGGAGACUGGGAACUGCUAAAUUAUUGGUUUAUUUUUUACAUCAGGUCACUUAAAUGAAAAGUGAUUAAAAUAUCUUUCCUAUAUGACUAUCUACUUUAAAGCAUCAGAUAUUAAGGAUGCUCGAUUGCAUCUCAGUGCCAAAUCUUCUCUGAUAGAUGUAAGUACGUAAAUCAUGAAAAUUCUACUUUAACUAUAGAAGUGAAUUGUGGAUGUAAAAUGGUUAAACCAUUUGGAUAAUGGCAUUAGGCAGCGUUUGUAUAAUAACUAAUGGCAAAAAUUCCUGGCUAGUGAUGUGUAAAAUAUUCUUUGCAAUAAAAUAUUCCCCUUAUUAAAGGUAUAGAAGAGGGACUACGACAAGGAACUAACAAUUUGUAUGACAGCAUCACAUAUUAUUUUUAGUAUUUCCUGUCUAGGUUUAUUUGCAUCUUAGAAGAGCGUAAUGGCAUUGUUUGAUGAGCCUAAUUAUGCUGGACUGUUUUGACCUGGUUUAACUAUUCUGAUAGGUAACUGUGGAUGUUGGGGAUGAGAACGGAAUAAUCUUUGCCUGGAGUGACAUUACAUUCUAGAAUUUCCACUUUGGAGAAUACUCAGUUAUAACUGUGAUUUCUAGUAGAACAAACUUUCUAGCCUAGCAAUGAUCUAGAAGCAGAGGAAUCGCAGUGCCUUUAAAAAUUAUGUGGUUUUCUUUUAAGAAGCUCCUAAUUGUUUCUGGAGAGAAUUUAUGGGUACAACAUCUAUUCGUUAUUUGCACAUAAAACGCUUUUAAAAAAUCCCAAACCAUAUACCUACCAUAUGAUACAGCCAUUUGACUUCACUUGCUCAUAGCAACUUUAUUUAUUAUAGCCCAAACUGAAACAACCCAAAUGUCCAUCAACAGAUGAGUGGAUAAACAAAUUCCAUACAAUGAAAUAAAGAAGAAAUGGACCAUAGUCACACAUAAGAACAUGGGUGAAUCACUACAAAGUAGCAUGAAUGAAAAAGUCAGACAGGUUGGGCACGGUGGCUCACGCCUGUAACUCCAGCACUUUGGGAGGCUGAGGCUGGCGGAUCACCUGAGGUCAGGAGUUCAAGAGCAGUCUGGCCAACAUGGUGAAACCCCAUCUCGACUAAAAAUACAAUAAUUAGCUGGGUGUGGUGGUGCACAUCUGUAAUCCAAGGUACUCAGGAAGCUGAGGCAGGAGAAUUGUUUGAACCUGGGAGGUGGAGGCUGCAGUGAGCCAAGAUUGUGCCAUUGUAUUCCAGCCUGGGCAGCAGAGUGAGACUCCAACUCAAAAAAAAAAAAAAAAAAAGGCCGGGCGCAGUGGCUCACGCCUGUAAUCCCAGCACUUUGGGAGGCCGAGGCGGGUGGAUCACGAGGUCAAGAGAUCGAGACCAUCCUGGCCAACAUAGUGAAACCCCGUCUCUACUAAAUACAAAAAAAUUUAGCCGAGCAUGGUGGCACAUGCUUGUAAUCCCAGCUACUUGGGAGGCUGAGACAGGAGAAUCGUUUGAACCCAGGAGGCGGAGGUUGCGGUGAGCCGAGAAUGCACCAUUGCACUCCAGCCUGGGUAAUAAGAGCGAAACUCCAUCUCAAAAAAAAAAAAAAGACAAAAAAAUAUAUAGUGUAUGAUUUUUCUUUUAUAAAGCUCUGGAAGAUGCAAAUUAAUCUAUAGCGACAGAAAGACCAGUGGCUUAUUGGGGAUGGUGUCUUAGUCUGUUUUAUGUUGGUAUAAAGGACUACCUGAGGCUGGGUAAUUUAUUUAAAAAAAAAGUUUACUUGGCUCAUACUUUUUUUUUUUUGAGACAGAGUCUCCCUCCGUUGCUCAGGCUGGAGUGCAGAGGCACGAUUUCAGCUCACUGCACUGCGAAGCUCCACUUCCCAGGUUCAAGCAAUUCUCCCGCCUCAGUCUCUCAAGUAGCUGGGACUAUAGGUGUGCGCCACCACACCCAGCUAACUUUUGUAUGUUUAGUAGAGACGGGGUUUCAUCUAGUUGGCCAGGAUAGUCUCGAUCUCUUGACCUCAUGAUCCACCUGUCUCACCCUCCCAAAGUGCUGGGCUUACAGGUGUGAGCCACUGUGCUCAGCCAGCUCAUGAGUUUUUAAACAUUUUUAAAAAUUUGUCUUAACUUUAGAUAUGAGGUCUAGCUUUAUUGCCCAGGCUGAUCUUCUCCUGGACUCAAGUGAUCCUCCUGUUUCAGCCUCCCAGAGUGUUAGACUUACAGACAGGAGCCACUGUGCCUGGUCUGGCUCAUGAUUCUGAUGGCUGGAAAGUUCAAGAUCGGGCAUUUGCUUCUGGUGAGGUCCUUGGGCUACUUCUGCUCAUGGAGGAAGGUGAAGGAGAGCUGGCAUGUGCAGAGAUCACAUGGGGAGAGAAGUGGGGGUUGCAGGGAGGUAUCAGGCUCUUUUUAACAACCAGCUUCCUUAGGAGCCAAGAGCACUCACCUCCUCUGCUCCCACCUCCCCCAGUGCUCGAAUCCAUCCUGGAGGAAUCUGCUCCCAAGACCCAAACACUUCCUUAGGCUCCACCUCCAACCUGGGGAUCAGAUUUCAACACGAGGUUUGGAGGGGACAAGCAGGAUUAUAAAAAAGGGCAUGAAGAAACCUGGGUGUGCUUACUAUCAUGAUUGUGGUGAUAAUUUCAUGGGUCUAUGUGUCAAAACGUAUCAAACUGUGCAGUUCAUUUUACACCAAUUACAUAUAAUUACACACACACACACACACACACCUUUAAAAAGGCAGCUACAGUGUAGAGGUUGGAAGGACAGAUUCAGAAGUCUGACUGUCCCAUCUGAAUACUAUUCAACCAUCAUGGGACACCACCCCCAUCCUGCCCCAGCAGGUUACCUCAACUGCUUGGUGCCUCAGUGACCACUUCUGUAAAUGAGGGCUAGUAACAGACCUGCAUCAGAGGCAGGUUAUUAUCUUGUAUCAUAUCCCAGAUUUAAUGGGCUAAUCCAUGGCAAGUGUUUAGAACAUCGUAACACAGGAAUUACUCCGUAAAUAAUAAGUACCCUCCCCACUACAGAUGAGGAACUGAGGCUUGUGGUUAGAGAGGGUGGGGGGUAAUAGGCCACUGUUUUGGUCUGCUUCACAUCCCUUACCAUGGGAAAUGGUUCUUUCCUCAUCAGCCAUUCCAAGUAAUUCUGGUGGGGCUGAAAUUCACCGUAUUCACCACCUUCGGAGAAAGUGGCCUCAAAUCAUACUCCAUCCUCUUGGAUAUAGUGAUUGGUCCAAGAUGUGCAAAUAAUAAUCCAAGCUGGGCCAAUCAGAAAUGUUUCCUGGGAUGUCUCUAUAUUGAAUAAAUAUAUAUUGAAUAUACUGAAGUAGUGAGGAAAGUUCCCCUACUCCAGCCCCCUGGCAUACCCCAGUGGAUCAUGUAAGCCUGGAGUGAUUGGCAUCCUGCCCUCCCUGCCUCCCCCAUCAGGAAGAAGACUGUGGACAACGGGACAGAGCGAGGCUGGAGAGGAGCACAGUGGAGAAGGGGAAAGAGCCCUAAGGCUAUCCUUUGAGCCUCCAGAUCCAGCCAGACCCGAAGCAAAACCAACAAAGUCCUUGAUGACUUAAGAACCAAGCAAUUCAUUUUUGGACUGAAAUCAGUUUGACCUAUGCUUCUGAUGCCUGCAACUGAAGAACUGGGUUUCUUAGCAUGAGGUGAGCUGACAGUAAAAUACUGAAGCUGGGAAUCCAAAACCAGGUUUUGCUGCUACCAAAACAGUCGACUGCCAUUUCCCACUUGUGAGAUCAGAAGAGCAAAGGACUGCAAUUUAGUACGGAGGGGCCAGGCAAUGGACUUGUACCAGGCAGGGAAGGGCAGUCGCGUGAGCCCUGGAGAAGUGUGACAGGACAACGAGCCUCCAGGGAAACUAUGUAAUUCAAACCACUAGGGAAGGUGUCUCACCUCAGACCUCCAACCCCUACACGAGAUUGAAAACAAAACAGUAGGACAAUGGCAUAUUUAUUUACAAUUGGACCAAAAAAAGGCAUACAGGCAUUUUUUUAAUUAAAAAUAAUGAUGAUUUAAAAAGUCAGAAAAAUUGAUGAUGUUUGAACUCUUUAUGAGGUGUCCGUUUCCCAUUCCCCCUAAAAAGAGAAUCUCUUAGGAGAAAAAAAAAAAAUCCAAGAUUUGAUGAACAAAAGAUUCCAAAAUCGCUCUCUAUUGCUUGGGUUCCCUUCUUUCCAACCUGAUGCUUGGUGGAUGCUGCUUGGCGCUGCAGUCACUGAGGCAAGAUUGAGAACUUCACUGGUUUGAUGGGUGAGGCUGGUAGGGCCACUGGGAGACGUGGGGCAGUAAGGGGAGGGACACGUUCCUAGCGUCACCAGCAUCCUGAGCUUUGUCUUAUAUUGAGAGCCUCACAAGGGUUGGUGCAAGGGUUAGCGGCUGCUACUUGAACUCCAAUCCCUGGGUGGAUAUGGUCUCUUGUAACUUAAGAGCAAAUGUUUGUGACAUGCACAGCAGGGCAGAGGUUGGGAAGAACAGGGCUCUACGGAGGAGCCCGGUCAGCCAUGUGAGCCCCUUCUAAGUUGGCUUCUUGUCUAUUCCUGGGGGUUGGGGAAAGAAUGACAGAACUUACCUUCCAUCUUCCUUCUCACAAGCAGUGUUUUGGGUGUCCCCAGAAGGAGGAGACAAGAAGUCAGGUGCGGGAUGGAGGGCAUGGGCUGGCUAAAGAACUGAGUAUGACCCCGGCGGCCAGAGAGGGCAGGGAGAGAACGCCCAGCCACUCACAGGAGGGGCUCUGUGAUCUCUGGGCCUCCUGUUCUGUCUGAAGUUGGGCAGGGCCCAAUACCAGCACACCUUGGAGAGUGGCACCUCCCAGGAAAAGGACCAGGGAGCGAUCCUGAGGGUAAGGACCCUAGCAGCCUUGGCCAUCCCUUCCCAGACACAGACAAGUGGAUGCAUGGCUU